AUGCAAAAGCAAUUAACUUCUAACAAGGUGCUACUUCAAUACCUUUUGGGUGAUCUCCAGUCAGCUGCUGUUACUAUAUCAAUUGCGACGCGCUUAUUGUAUAAACUUGGAGCCCAUACCACUGUUAAUUUGCCUCCAUACAACAAAAGCUCUCUCGACUGUCAUCUGCGGGACCUUUUCUGGGUCUGCUAUUCUUUUGACAAGGAUAUCUGCCUUAGGACCGUCCAGCCACCAUCAAUUAAUGACUCUGAUUGCGAUCUAUCUUUGCCUUUGGAGUAUGGUCGACUGCAGAACAUCAACAUGCACAGGGAUGAUAUAACACCUGACGAUCACACCCUUCCUUUAUUUCCUUGGGAUAUUCGGCUCUCCAUAAUCAAAUCGGAGACCUAUCGAGAUUUAUACUCCACCAAAGCUUCAUUCAAAUCGCCCUCUGAGGUUCUCGAGGGCAUUCGGCGUCUCGACGCUGUACUGGAGCAGUGGAGGCUAUCGCUUGAUCCGGAUAUUCGGCCAAUGCUGUACUACACUCCGGAUACACCUGUUACCACAGAUCUGAACACACAGGGUGUUAUCCUAAGGCUCUCGUAUUACCACUGUGUAUCCAUGAUCCACCAGGCAAGUGACCGACUUAACAUCUCAGAACUUGGUGCCGGGAUUGAAUCAGAGGGGAUACGUUCCUGCGUUCAAAUCACAACCACUGCGAGUCGCUCAACAUUUGCGCUGCUUCAGACCACACUACCCUCGCUAAAAGGCGAAAGUUUCUGGUGA